GCCGUUUCUUUUUGCUGACGCGGAUGACAACGCGAGUUGGCUGGCUAACUGGCUGGGUGGAUGCUGUGUCGCCCUGAAAGUUGAGCUGGCAAUGACGACGACAGAGGCAUGCGAGAGGACAGAGCAUGGAAACGCUGUUUGUGGGCAAACGAUGGUUUUCCGGACAAUUUCAUCGACAAGGACUUUGACCGCCGUGUUCAUGCACUCCGAGAGGAACAGCAGAACCGACUGCGAAAACCUUUGAGCUCCUACUGGAUCGACCUCGGCGUGCAAUGCGCCAGUGUGGUGCAGAUUGCCAGCUUUUUCGCGGUGCUGGACUGUCAUCCGGGUAGCAGCGCGCCCAUCUGGGCCUGGCAUGCGAUGGGAUGGGCAUCCUUCGGAUGGCACCUCUUGCUGCAUGCCAGCAUUGUUGAGCAGACCACGCGGGACCGCUUUCAGCUGUUUCUCUGCUUCAUCGUCGUGCUCCUCCUGCUUCCUCUCGUCUCCCAACUCACGACGUCCAUCAGCUCUGACACGCUCUACACCAUGGCUGCAUCGUUCUUUAUUGUGUUUAUUGCCGCCUUUCACGAAUUCACACAGCCGAGCACGCACCGCCCGGUCGCCUUGAAUGCUGCGACGUUUGCCAGCAUCUGCUUGGCGAGCCGCUUGUCAGACAUGACGGCUGUUGUCGUGUUCAUGUGGUUCUGCCUCGCAAACAUCUUCCUCUUGCCAGACACCCUUGCUUGCAUUCGGCAGCGGGUUCCCUCGUCACGCGUGGUGUUCCGUGCGCUGAGCGCAGUUCACGUGACCCUUGCCGUUGUCAUGCUGUGUUGGGCGAGCAUGCUGUUGGUCUUGCGAACAUCAUCCACGAGCACUGGCUAUCACGAACACACAGCUGAUGCCUGCGCAGCAUAAUGUCAUGUAGUGUGAUGUCGUCUCAAGAGGCUCUCAUGUGCAUUGCUUCCUUUUUUCCACGCCUCUCUCCCUCUUUUUCAUCCGCUUUCUUGUUCGCUGGCGAGCAACUCAUCUGAGGUUGUUGGGUGUUGCACCUUCUACUUUUGAUGCACAAGCAUCAUUUUCAACACAGCAGUACACGCAUUUUCACACGCA